CUCUAGUCUCUUCAGUCUCCAGUAAACAGCAGUCAUGGCGACAGUGGUCCAUCCCCUCACGCUGGAUCGAGAUGUUGCCCGGGCCAUUGAACUGCUGGAAAAGUUGCAGGAGUCAGGUGACGUUCCCGGUCACAAGCUCCAGUCUCUGAAGAAAGUCCUCCAGAGUGAGUUCUGCACAGCCAUCAGAGAGGUGUACCAGUAUAUGCACGAAACAAUAACAGUGAAUGGUUGUCCAGAAUACCAGGCGAGAGCCACAGCUAAGGCCACGGUUGCAGCUUUUGCAGCCAGCGAAGGUCAUUCUCACCCGCGGGUGGUAGAGCUACCCAAGACGGAGGAGGGGCUGGGCUUCAAUGUGAUGGGCGGCAAGGAGCAGAACUCGCCUAUAUACAUCUCUCGCAUCAUUCCCGGGGGUGUGGCUGAAAGACAUGGCGGCCUCAAGCGAGGGGAUCAGCUCCUCUCUGUCAACGGCGUGAGCGUCGAAGGAGAACAUCACGAGAAAGCAGUGGAGCUGCUAAAGGCAGCCAAGGACAGUGUGAAGCUGGUGGUUCGCUACACCCCCAAGGUGCUGGAGGAGAUGGAGGCUCGCUUCGAGAAGCUCCGCACAGCCCGGCGGCGUCAGCAGCAGCAGCUCCUGAUGCAGCAGCAGCAGCAACAGAACCUGUCCUCUCAGCAGAAUCACAUGUCGUAGGUUGUUCCAAAAGAAGAAGAAGUAAGGAGGAGAAUAAAAGGCGGAUCUCAGACACCCUGUUUGACGAGGAUCCCAAAGGAGACUCUUUGUCAUGAAGGACACCAACUAGUAAAAGACUCUUUCACAUUUUUACAUACUUUUCUCCCUUCCAGUCUACCACAGAUUACUGAGCAAAGACAAAGAGCAUUUUUCCUGAAAAUGGUGCUUUAAAAAACAAGUAUGGAGGACAGUGACAGUUGCUGGGUUUAACUUUGUAUUCCCUUUUCUAAGUUGUUCUCCCCAGUUUAUUUAAGCUCCCCUUCUUGUGCUUGUUUUUUUGUUUUCACAGUCAUCCAUUUUGAUCUCUUCCAUCUUCUUACACCGUAGAAACUUUGCCAUUUUUGCCAUAGAUAUCAUUUGUACAGUGGUGUUUCUAUUAAUUCAACUGGUGCUUGUGUCUCUGUAUGAAUGGCUGUUGAUUUCCUGUCCUGUUUGGGAUAAACCCUUUUUUACCUUCUAUACUGUAGCAACAAAAAGAUUUUGUAUUGUAGAUUUAGCAAUAACACAUCUUCAGUUUUUACAUUUUGCCACUAAAUUCUUGAGAGAAUAUAUACAGCACGUAAACUUAAUGCAAAAAGAAAGGACAUCUUUUGGUGGAUUAUUUCUCCCGGGCAAAGGCCCAUUUCUGCUCCCGUACGUACGUAAACAUCGAUGUCUGUUUCAAACGUCAUACGUCGCCAUCCUCAUCCUUCCAUGUUUUACGUUGCCAUGGUUGUUAAAUCAGUUCCUCCACUAGGUGGCAGUGCUGAGUUCAGAGUUCACUCCCGCGAGCCGACGUCAGUUUCAGGCCCUGUUUAUCAGCGGUGAUGCGUCGCUAUGAAGUUCCAACCGCCUGCAUAUAGUCUUUCUACAAAAACUAUAAUUUCUACAUUUGUUGUCCCCGUCUUCAUUCUUCAGCGUCUUCUUUUCCCCCUUCCUGAUUCUCUUCUUCUCUGGUUUGUUUAUUUCGCUGGUUUCAUGUCAGCUAUUCUGCUCAGCACUGCCCCCAUGAUUUCUGGUGGUCUUGCUCCGUCUUCUGCAUCAAGCGACGGAUGGCUCAGCUCCCUGAAAACGGACCAAUGUGCAAAACUGUCCGUCCAUCUGUGCAUCGAGUUUAAAUGAACCUUAAUGAUCCUUGUUGGUCUGUAUUAUACAUCAUUGGAAAGGACUGUGCUUCUGUGGAAUACCAACAGGAAAAUAAAUGUUUGGGCAUCAACUUCACAUUUAGCCGUGUUGUUCAUUCCACAGAAGCUCCAUCCUUACCAGCUGUACCUGGUUGUCAACUCAUCAGGCUUCCAGUGAUGUAUCAUACAAACCAACUGGGAUCAUUAAAGCAGAGAAAUAAUCAACCAAAUAUACAUCUGCUUACUUUUCCUACUACGUUUUAUAUAGAAAUUUUAUUUGUUAAUGUAAAUCACUGUAAAGCCAACCAGGUCCAAAUUAUUUGUGCCACAUGAAGAGAUUAUUGAUUUACAGGCAGCAUGUAGUAAAACAAAGUGCAAUAGCUGUGACUAUUAAAAGAGUUUAUUUGGUAAUCUAAUCAAGAUUCACAAGAAUAUAUAUAUAUAUAUAAAAUGUGUGUGUGUGUGUGUACUUUACAAAGAGAUUCAUUUCAGUCAUCACAUUUGCUAACAUGGUCCUGAUCCCGACAGACCAACAGAAUGUCAUCUGUGUUCAUUUUCUGGUUAAUGGAAAAUAUGUUAGAACUGUUUAUUUUUCAGAAUAUUUAGAUUUUAAAGAAGAUUUUAUUAUUCCUUUAGCAUUUUUGUGUUCCGAAGACCUGCAGAUUAUUACUUCUUAUCUAUUCUCUGUGUAACAGCUGAAUUUUAGUUGAUGUGGAUGUGUUCUUGUUUUGUUUUGACAGGCUGAGUGUUUGACCGUUCUUUCUGUGUGUGUAGGAGAAAUCUGUUUUCCAAUCAAUGAAGAACCUGAACUCCUGAUUAGCUGAUAGCCCGCCCACCAGAUCUGUGGUUAGUUUUGGUGCUAAAUGCUCCUUUUUGUGUUUUUUUCUUAGUUUUUAACCAUGUAGUUUGGAUCUACCACUUCCACUUUUUAACAAGCAAAUCCAAAAUAUAAAACACAGUCAAUAUAAAACCUGAUAUGAAAUUAGCAUUUUAUUGUGUUGCACAUUAUUUCUCUAAAAUUCUUUGUGUAUUCAUUAUUUCUUCCACUACCUUAACAAUAAUUACACAAACUGCUGAAUCCAACAAGAGUAAUCCCAAACAUACCUGUUAGCACUGAAGUUACUUCAUGACAAAACGUUUGUGUAAAGGGACCUAAAUGCUUAGGUUUUAUUAUAAUCAAACAUUUUAUCCCUCAGUCCCUAAAAAGUCCGUCUCAAAAAGACCAUUUUUUGUAUCUUCAACCCACAAGAACUUUCUUAAUUGACUUGUAUUUUUUUGAAGCUGACAGUCCUGUAUUUACCAUAAAGAUAAAAAAUAAAACAAACUCUUGAUAUGCAAUUGUUAUACAUAUUAUAUUUGUAUAAAUAAAUCUAUGUGCUUGUGUACAGUGA